AUGUUUCCAAUUCAAUUUCCAAAAUCUUUGAAGGAGCUAACAUUAGAGAAAGGUCAUAAAAUCAAUUUGGAUAUAAGUGAUUUACAUCAUCUCGAGUCAUUGAAGUGCAAAAGGUUUAACAAGAUGAGUUCAUUGGAUAAUAUUCAGCUUCCACUGUCUAUCAAAAAUUUAAGCCUUGAUUCUUGUGAUAUUGAAACUUUAGGUGAUUUAUUCAAAUAUAAGAAUCUAAAUUUACUUCAAAUAUCUUGCUGUCCUGAACUUUUUGACCUAGUUAAUACCCUGUACCCCGAUUCGUUGGAAACUUUGAAUUUCAUUAACAAUUUUUAUCCUCAAAGAAUAGACGAGGUAUCUAAAGAAGAACGAUUUAGUUCUUCGUACUUUUCAGAAUUAGAACUGAUAAUUUGUAUUGGUGCUGAGUUUCGGUUCCCUCAGUUUGAAGAAUUUGAAGAUUUGCGAUACUACGGAGAGCCUAGAAAUGGCAAACAUUGA